AUGAGGCACCUAAUACAGAAAUUAACGCUGAUAAUAACGAUACAACUAUGCUCUUGUCAUGGGCGGACUAUCAGAGGAGGUUCGGUUAAUAUUACACCUCCCAGCUAUUUUCACUCGGAAGUGGUAGAAGCUUCCAUGGAAACAGAAAGGAAGCUGCAAGACGAUGAGCUCAGGUUUUGCUAUAAUGCCCUCUUCGCAGCAGACUCAAACGAUGAUAGAAAGCUAGAUAGAAGCGAAUACAUCACAUUCAUCGAUUUGAUUGGUGGUCCUAGAGUGGAUGUCUACAGUGAGCUUCCAAUUGUUUUUCGAAGUUCGUUUUCAAUUCUGGCAUGUCGGUGUCUAGAAGAACCAAAUGCUGCCCCAGAUUGCUGUGUUGGAAGCAAAGGAAGGGUGAGUAAUGCUGGAGCUGGUCCAAACGAAAGACCCUCCAAGAGAGAAGAACAGAACCUCUAUCAUGUUUGUUUUCUGAGCGAAUCAUCUGUGGAGAAGUUCAUGUCUGAACGGGAGCCCACUGCGCCGCCCACAAAAGCACCCACAAAGACGCCGACUCCACCCCCAACUGGUGGACCAACUGAGGAAGUGAUUGUGACUGUUGCACCAACACCAGCUCCCACACCGAAUCCCACAGUUGAACCCACGGAAACGCCUACCAUCAGACCCACAUUUGCACCUAAUCCGUUUCCUACUACACCUCUUCCGACUGUGGCACCAACAUUCAGACCUACCCAAAUUCCAACCCCAACACCAACAAUCGCUUCAUCCGGUUCUCCUACGGCGAUGGGUUCUGGUGCCCCUACUGUCGUCAGCUCUGGUACUCCCAGUGUAUCACCAACAACAGCCUCGCCAUCUGGAGCACCUUCGCUAGAGCCAUCAGUAGAACCAUCAUUUGCUCCUUCUGGGGUUCCGUCUGGUUUGCCUAGUAUUGGUCCAUCUCAAGGACCUACUGGUAUCCCAAGCGAUCUUCCAACUAUAUCGCCAUCGAUUUCUUCUGCUCCAUCAACUUCAGCAGCUCCUACAAAUGCUCCAUCUGCGGUACCAUCCCUGUCUCCUUCGCGUACACCACCAGAUGAGACCACGGAAACAUCCUACGUGAUUGCGGUCCGUGGGAGUGCACUGCUCAGCGAGUACGAAAGCGAUCUGAUUGAGAGUAUGAACCUUCUGGCUCAACAAGUCGCAGAUGAUGUAGCUGAUGGCACAACUGAAAGAAGGCGACUUGUUUCAGUGUCAAUUUUCAACCCCACUUCGAUUGCUUCCAUCGAUCCAACCAGCUGCCCAGAUAAUGUAGAGUCGGACGAUGACAGGUGUGAAAGCGUAACAGCUAGCGUUGGCUUGUAUGUUGACGAAGAGGAAGUGGAAGGCAGCAUAGUCACUCAGUUCAAGGAAUCGUUGGAAGCUUCGAUUGAGAAUGGAGAGCUACAAGAAGCUCUCGACUUUGUAAACGAAGAGUCUCCAGUGUAUGUUGUGACUGGACGAGACGAACCUAUUAUUCCCAGGGGUACUGAACCAGAGUCCAAACUUUCUACCGGUGUGAUUUCUGGAAUUGUUAUAGCAGGAGUGGUUGGACUGGCUAUUUCGUUCUUGAUAAUGCAAAAACGCAAGGACAAAGAAGAUGAUGAGAAGCCAGAAGACUAUGAGUUGGAUGGUAUGGAGCCCGGACAACCAAUCAUGGUUGAUACCAGCGAAGUGGACAACAAAUCUCAGAAGAAAAAGAGAUCUCCAAAAUCAGAUGAGUCAUCCAAUGCUGGAGACUCCGGGUGGUCAUCACAUGGUGGUAUGUCGUCACUUGAUACAUCAAGUGUAGACGACGAUUCAAGGUAUCCAACAGCUGCCCUUGGGGGAACAGCGUUGGCAGGUGGCGCAGCUGCUGCAGGAGCUCUAGAUAAAGAGGAACCAACCAGCCCCACUGACGGCAACAACGACCUUAAGAUGACAUAUUCAGAGCUCGAUGAUGCCAUCCAAAAAGGUGACUGGGCAGCCGUUGGAGUUACAGCGGCUCUUCUUGCCUCUCAAUCUUACGAAACUGGGGAAAGCAGCGACACUCACCGGUUGUCAAUCGAUAACGCUACCCUCAAUCCUUCCAGAGCAGCUGAACUUGACCGUUUGGUGGAGGCUGGAGACUGGGAAGGAGUUGUUGCAGCUGCUGCUAAAUUCGAUGCGCAAGAAGCAACCACAAGAACUGACCGAAGUGAGUCUGCUUCAAGAGCAUCCUCAUCAGACGCCACCUCCCAUGCCUCUGGCUCCGUUGCAUCUUCAGGAUCUCCAUCCAACUCGGAAGGUGUCACAGCUGGAGCUACUAGCACUAGUGAGUCGGGAUCUGCCAGAAAGCUCGAUGAAAUCCGAAAGGAAGUUGAGGAGUUGGUGCGUCAAGUAGUCCCAGAAGAGCAAGACAAUGUGGACGAAAUGAUGUUGCAGUUCCAGGGACGAGAAGAAGAAUUGGUGGAAACGUUGCGAUCAAUGCAAGAAAGGCAAGUUGUCCACAAGGCACGAAUAGAAGGCCAGAAGAAAGCCAAGCGAGACGCUCGAGAGCAGGUGGAGAGUAGUAAAAAACAAACCGAUGAAACUGGAACAGGUGAAGAGCAAACAAGAACUGAAACUGACAUUGCAGAAAGUCUCAACACCUUGAGCAACACAAAUCAGGAUGAUGAUCAUUUUGAAGAUGACGACGAUGAGGGAAGCGUAUAA